GCGCAUCGAAAAGAUGGUGGAUGGUAUCAGAAAUUAUCGAUGUAUUGAGUUUAUUAAGUUUUAAAGGUUUAAUAAAACAGUGUAUCUAACGUUCUGAACGUCGAUUGAAAACAUAAAAAUGGGUUCAAAUAAACGGCAUAAAACCGAGAAGAGCCGGGACGCUAAGAAGAAGCGUCACCGAAGCCGCUCACGUAGCUAUACACCUGAACGCGAAAAAUCGGAUAAGCACAGGCAUCAUAAAAAGCAUAGAAGGAAAGAACGCAAGGAUUAUGACAGUGAUGUCGAAAUAGUUAAUGCACCUCCCCCACCAAAAAUUUCUAAGUCAUCACAUCCAUCAACACCUCCACCUCCUGAAAUUUCUAAACAACGCAGUCCUUCGCCGAUCAAAGGUGGUGCAGCACAAAGCUCUCUAUCCAUUGAAGAAACUAAUAAACUACGAGCAAAGUUAGGUUUGAAACCAUUAGAAGUUGAUAGUGGUCCAAAAGAUGAUCCUAAUAAGAUUAAAGACGAUUUGGGAGAAUUUUAUCAUAAACCUGCCCCUGAUGUUAAUGAAAAGUUAAGGACACAAAAAUUAAAGGAGAAGAUUACUGUUCAGAAACAGAAAAGGCUCAUUGAAUCUAAUUUAUCAAAAACUAAGACCUUAGGAGAAUGUGAUUCUGAUGAUGAUGCUGAAGUUUGGAUUGAUAAAACCAGACGUUUGGAAGAGGAGAAGAAAAAAGCAGAAGAAAGGGCAAAAAUGUUAGAUCAGUUAGAUGAGGAAUUUGGCAUUGGAAAUUUAGUUAAAGAGGAAAUACAUGCUGCUCGAAAUACAGCUUAUACUGAAAAGAAUUUAAGGGGUCUUAGAGUAGAGCAUGAUAUUGAUAAGUUUGAAGAAGGUAAAACAAUUAUAUUGACUUUAAAAGACCAGGAAGUUUUGAAAGAAAAUGACGACGUACUAGUCAACGUAAAUAUAACGGACGAAGAACGUUACCAACGUAAUAUUUUAAAUAAAACUAAAAAACCUGGUUAUGAUGCAUAUGAUGAUGAUAACUUUGAUGAGUUUGGUAUAUCUAAGAAGUCUAUCUUAGAAAAAUAUGACGAAGAAAUCGAAGGCGAGAAGAAAGAUUCUUUUGUGUUAGGGACUAAUAAUAUAAAAGAUACUAAGCAGAAUAAACUUGAUUAUGUCAAGCAGCGUUUAGCUAAUAAGCGACUAGAAUCGUUACAGCUAGCAGAGCCAAAAUUAGCUAGUGAAUAUUACAAUGAGCAAGAACUUGCAAAGUUUAAGAAACCAAAGAAAAAGGUUCGAAAAAUUAGGAAAAAAUUAAAAGCAGAAGAUCUGGUUCCUGAAGAUAACGAUUAUCUUCGUGAUUUAGGAAGCAGAAGAAGUAAACGACCUAAGGAUAUAAAAGAUAACGAUAGUUUAGACGUAGAUGACUUAGAAGCUCCUCCUGAAGAUCUUAGUGGAAUUAAGUUGGAAGAAGAUGAUAAAGAAUUAGAGUUACAGUUAGCACUCAAGAAAGCUCAACGUUUGAAAGAAUCACAAGCAUCAAGUAUUGAGAAAGUUGUUGAAACUAUAAAGCAAGAACCUGCUGGUUCUGAAGAAAGUCAAUCUGGAAAUAUUGUUCUUAAUGCCACCGCAGAAUUUUGUAGAACUUUAGGAGACAUUCCAACUUACGGACUUGCCGGAAACAGGGAAGAAAAUGGGCAAGAACUUAUGGAUUUCGAAAUGGAUGGAGUUAAAGAAGAACCACCGGUAAAUGACGAAGAAGAUGAUGGUCGUGGCGCGUGGAAUACUGUGCAAUUAGAUGAAAGUAUAACAGAGCCAGUAGCGAUGGAAGCUGCAAUUUUGGACGCAGAGCCUUCGCUCGGACAUGGGGUUGGUGGUGCACUAAAACUCGCAAUGAGUAAAGGUUAUUUGCAAAAAGAAGAUAGUAGUAGACCAUCUGCGUCUCGUUUCGCGCAUUUGCAGGCUCAGAAUUAUUCGAUAGAGGACAAAACUUACGGAGACGACGAUAAAUUCGGUAGAAGAGACCGGUUUAAUGGCCCAACUUCAGAAUUUAAGGAAAAAGAUGGUUUCAAGCCUAAUGUGAAACUGGAAUAUAUCGACGACGAUGGACAUGUAUUGAGUGCAAAGGAAGCUUUCAGAUACCUUUCACACAAAUUUCAUGGAAAAGGUCCAGGAAAAAAUAAGGUUGAGAAGCGAAUGAAGAAGGCGGAGCAAGAAGUUUUAAUGAAACGUAUGUCUUCUACAGAUACACCUCUGGGUACGCUUAAUUUAUUACAGGCGAAACAGAAGGAAACUCAAUCGCCAUACAUAGUGCUUAGUGGAAGCAAGCAGAUGCAAACGACUAGUAUAUCAAAGUCAAAGCAUUAAAGAUUUUAAAGUAAACUUCAGUCAGAAUUGUAUAUAAUAUACAGGCAGACAGAAAUCUUUUAUCAGUACAUCUUUAAAUCAGAUAAUACAUUAAUCGCUGUAAAAUAAAAACAUUGCACCUUUUUUUGAUUUGUUAAACUACAUGAUAAUAAAGUAACUAUUAUAUGAAUUUAUAAAAGAGGCUAAUCCUUUUUAUAUCCUUUCUUUAUUGUUUUUAGACACAUCAAUCGUUUGACGGCUUAAAAUAUUAGUUUUAAUAAGAUAAUUACUUAAUACAUCAUAAAAAUUGAUAUAGAGAAACUUUAUAUUUUUAACUCUUUACGGAUGAUAUGGCCCAAAUAUUUAUAUUUGGUAGGAAGGUCUUUGAGACGUUGUUUAUAAUUAUUCCUUUUUUGGUACAAUUUUCAGUGUUUUGAACGUGUGUAUAAAACAAUACGAACAAUAUUGUUCUGUUCGAUGGGGCAUUUUGUAUUCUUACACAAAAUAUGUUUAUUUUAAUUAAAUAAAUUGACUGCUAUCACAAUAAAAUUAAGUGGGGAACAAACGAUGUUCACAACUAUCUCUUAUUUUUUUACUAUAUUGGUUGAAAUAAUACGAUGCCUAUGCUAACAGUAACAUGUGCAUAAAAACUAUCAAUAUAUUAACAUUACUCCCAUUUCUAUACUCUCAAUCACAAUUUAUAGUUAAUUUCUAAUAGCCUAUUCGUACAAAUCACUACAUGGAAGAUAUAAAGUUGAAUACUACAAAAUAUUUUAUUGUUCCUAAUGAUAUACUAUAUAAACAUUUGUUGAACAUACUUCGUUCACUAUGAAAUAGUAUUAUUGUGAGAUUGAAAAUAUUUGUUGUUCCGUUGAAUGAGAAGACACGCGAUUAAUCAUCAAUGAAAUAUAUGAUAACAUUCGCUACCGAUAUUUACUGAGUAUUUUUACAAUUUAUAUCGGUAUCAUGCUCUUGAAAAAUGGUAACGAUCGAUUAUUAUAAGAAUGCUAAAUGAUAUUAAAUAUAUCCCUGAUAUCACAAGGCUUUCCUUUGUGCAAAAAUAGUAAUACUUGAUUCUUUGAAUCUUAUGUAGUGCACAAUGAUCUUAUAAAUUGUAUUUUAUAAAUAUACCUCCAACUGUAGACAAUACUUUUAAGACUUGCUCUUUAUAUUCACAUCUUUUUUUUCUUUUUGAAAAGUUUGGCACUUCUCCUGACGGUUUAGACAAAAAUAAUAGGAAUUUCUUUUAAUUAUAAAGCAUAAGAUAUAUUUUCUAUUGUUAGCUAGAUUUUUGAUCAGCUUCAAAAGGUUAUCAAAAAUUUAAAUUAGAUUUUCAUUAAUUACUAAAGCUAGCAUCUUUAUUGAUAAAUAAGAAUACUGGGUAACUACAGGCUAACAAUGAAAAAUAUAUUAUUGAUCUUUUAUU